AUGCCUCCUAAGAAGAAAGUAGAUCCAGAAACUUUAUAGCAACAAUUUGAGUAAUGGAAAGAGAGUACAGAGUACAAAAAAUGGGAAGAAAUGAGUGAAGCGCUCAAAAAAUAUCCCCCUAUUACUGAGACUACGUUAGAUAUAAAUGGUCCUUGGUAGGAAUAUUAUGAUGAACUGAUUAAGUUUUUUUAAGUUAUGAAGGCAAAAACAGGAAAAAUAAAAGAGAUUAAGCAUGAACAUAUAAGAUCGUUUUUCUUCGCCCAUGAAGAUAAGGAAAACGAAAAGAUCAUAAUUGAUGGAAUUUAAUGCGGUGUUACCAAAGAGCAUGCUGAUAGAGCUUGGACGUUACGUCAUAAAUUCUGUGAUAUUUUAAAGGCAUUCUGCGACAUUGAGGAUUUAGAUUUUGAGAAUUUUUAGACAAACAAAAAGAAUUUACAAAAGACGAUUAACGAAUUCUUUAAGUAUUACAACCCACAUGUAAAAUCAGGUCAUAAAGAAAUUUAUGAUAACAAGAUUGCUAAAGUGCUUGAGCCUUUAAAUAACUUAAUAGAAAUAAAUACAGUUUUAGUAAACUUCAAUAAGAAAUAUAAAACAGAUUAUGAAAGAGAGAUAAAUUCAUUUAGAGUCAAAGCUUUAACUGAAAAAUACUGUUAAGCAUAUUCAGAGGUUUAGAGAGUUCUUGAAGAAGAUAGUAAGGAUUAUAAGCUUUUUGCAACAUGUGAUUUAAGAAAAACCUUUUAUAAGCUAAGUUAUAAAAAUUGGGAGAAUAAUCCUUGUGAAAAGCUCUACCUUCAACCAUUAAGAGAAAAUCUCAAGGCCAUGCAAAAACAGCUCAUGGAUUUGUUCGCUUAUGGUAUCAACUUCUGGAAAAUUCCUCUUUGCCAAAAUGAAGAACUAGUUAGAGAAAUUGAAAAUUUGGUUAAAUCGGAAUUGAUUGCAGAUAGAUUGUUAGGUACUCCCUUGAGAAGAGAGCUAUUUAACUUUGUCUAUAAAGUUGUAUUAAUAAUUAAAGAAGCCAAUCCUUACCUGGAAAACAAUUUACUUAAAAAAGAUGAAAACACAGUAAAUAGCUCAAUACCUAAAUUAGUAGUUUUUAAAUUGAUUUAACACAUGAAAAACUGGAAACUCAAGAAGCAAGAAAAUGAAAGAUAGAUAGAGGAAAGAAAUUAGCGCCUUCAAAUUUUAAACAAAAUGAAAGAAGAACAAAAGAGUAAUUCACUUGCCAGUAAAUUAGGCAAAACCGUAUCAGUUAAUAACCUUGCCUCAGCUGAUAAUACCAAAGCUAUUGCAAUAAAUAUUUUGCCAAAUAUUAACAACAAUAAUAAUAAUUUAACACAAGAAGCAAAGGAUGCAUCUUUUUUUAACUCAUCUAAUAACUAAGUUACUUCACCAAACGCGAAUAAUAUUUCUGUGAAUUUAUCAUUUUUGGCUAGAGACAGAUAAGAUACCAAAGAAUCAGACAAAGAAAAAAUUUUAGAAGAACUGACUCCUAGAAAAGGUGAUAUUUCAAUGCUUAAUGCCAGUAUUACAACAAGCGCUACUUAUAACAAUGCAAUCUACCAUACUUCUACCAAAACUAAAAUGUUAAAGUCAGUGUCUCAACUACUACCUGUAAAAACUUCUAUCAGAUCUCCAACAAAUAAAUAAGAGGUUUUUAAUUUUGCAGAUCAAUUAGAAGAUAAGAUAGAGGACCCAGCAAUAGAAAGUGAUCUGAUAAAAUACGGACGUUAUUUUUACCUUGAAGGUUAUGUAUCCUAAGAGAUUUUUGAUUUAUUUGAGGUUUGUGUAGAUUAAAUCUCUCGUAUUAAUCCUGCAGUUUAGUAAGAUAUCGAGGAUUAUAUUAUUUUGUAAGGAUUUACUCCAAAGGUUAAAGACCGUCAUGAUCAAUAAAGAGUGGAGGCUCGUUUAAAAUUAGAGAAGCUUCAAGAAUAGGAAUUUUCAGAUUAAAAAAUUAAUUCUACUAGACCUCCUGAUUUAUGGAAUUUUCCUUAGGCAAUAGAGACUCAUAAAUUCCGUUCUAUAGUUAAGCCUAAAGAUUGUUAUGUAGAUGGGAGAUUUGAGGAAUUUGAUUAAAAGCUUGACUUGAUUACUCAAAAUUUGAUAACUUUCAAACCUACAAGUUGGAGAUAAAUUGUAUCUAGAGUUAUUGAUGUUUUUGCCAAUAACUAUUAAAAAGAAAUAACAUCUAUAGAUCCUUCAGAGAUUUUAUGA